AUGGAUAGGAGUUGGAUGAACAAGCCUAGGAAUAGUUAUGAGUACAAAAAAGGAGUUACUGAAUUUCUUCAUUUUGCAUUCCAUAAUGCAUCUCAAUGUGGGAAGAUAUUAUGUCCAUGCAUUCACUGUGUUAAUCGUUCUUGGCAAAGUUAUGAUGAUGCUAGAGUACACCUUAUAUGUGAUGGGUUUUUAAGGGGAUAUACUAAAUGGAUAUGUCAUGGGGAGAAUCCAACCACCAAUAUUGAUCAAUCAUCUUCCUCACAACACACCACAUAUGUUCAUACUACAGAACAUAUAGAAGAAUGUAAUACCACAACCUUAAAUACAAGAAGGUUAUAUGACAUUAUAGGAUUACUACGUGAUUUGUUCGGUGUUUCUGGUCAAGGAAAUUAUAGAGUUAGACAAGAUGUCGAGGAAUUACAUUAUGAAAAAGAUAGAGUCGAGAAUGAAUCACAACUUGAUGAGAUUAAUAUAGAACAAUCAGAAGAUACUUCUAGUAGAAGGACAAGUGAAUUUGAAAAUUUAUUGAAAGAUGUGAAUGUAGAGUUGUACCCCAGUUGCAAAACCUUUUCUAGGUUAUCUUUCAUUUUGCAAUUGUACCAUUUAAAAUGCUUAAAUGGAUGGACGGGGAAAUCAUUUACAAUGCUUUUGGAGUUGUUAGUUGAUGCUUUUCCUGAAGGUACAUCACUACCUAAAUCUCAUUAUGAAGCUAAAAAAGUCAUUAGAGCAUUAGGUCUCAAUUACGAGAAGAUUCACUCUUACAUAAAUGAUUGUAUGUUGUUUUGGGGAGAAAGGGAGAAGCAAGAAUUGUGUCAUGUUUGUGGAUCCUGUCGAUGGGUUGUAAAGAAGAAUGAACAGUUGAAUUCAGAAGGUGACAGAGUAGAAAUGUCUUCUAUUAGGAAGAAGAAACCAGCUAAAGUUUUACGUUACUUUCCCCUUAUACCUAGGCUUCAGAGGUUAUUUGCAUCUGUUAAAACUUCUAAAGACAUGAGAUGGCAUGAAGAGGGUUGCAUAAAAGAUGGAUUACUAAGACAUCCUACUGAUGGAAAAGCAUGGAAAGAAUUUGAUUCCAAAUUUUCAGAAUUUUCCUCUGAUGCACGGAAUGUGAGGCUUGGUCUUGCUACUGAUGGUUUUAAUCCAUUUAGGACUAUGAGCACUACUUACAACACAUGGCCUGUUAUAUUAUUCCCAUAUAAUAUGCCUCCUUGGACAUGUAUGAAGCAAUCCUCAUUCAUUUUAUCAAUGAUCAUCCCUGGUGAGAAGAGUCCUGGAAAUGAUAUUGAUGUGUAUUUACAACCUUUAAUUAAGGAGUUAAAUCAAUUAUGGGAAGGGGUUGAGACCUAUUAUGCUUCCAUUAGGCAUACUUUCUUAAUGAAAGCUACUUUAAUGUGGACAAUCAAUGAUUUUCCAGCAUAUGCAAAUUUGUCUGGUUGGAGCACAAAGGGAGCUUUUGCAUGUCCUUGUUGUGCUGAAUUCACAUGCUCAAGAUGGUUAUAUAAAAGUGGAAAAUAUUGCUAUAUGGGUCAUAGGAGAUGGUUACAUGAGGGGCAUGAAUUUCGAUUUCAAAAAAAUUUCUUUGAUGGUACUGAGGAACUGCGACCAACACCUUUACGAGCUUUAGAGAAAAAUGAGUGUGAUAAUGUAAUUGGCACUUUAUUAGAUAUCGAUGGUAAGUCCAAGGAUAAUCUUAAGGCUCACCUUGACUUGGUGGACAUGGGUAUUAUAAGUGAAUUACAUCCACAAAUAAGUGAAAGUGGUAGGAGCAAAUUACCUCCGGCAUCAUUUACAAUGACAAAGAAAGAGAGAGAAAUUCUUGUGAAGUUGUGA